AUGGAUUACGACCCCAGCUGUGCCUCCCCAAACCCCUACGGUGGCGGUGGUGGAAGCUUCCAUCUGGUGUGCCAGGAAUGCCUCAACGGGGACAACUACAACACCGACGAUGCAGAUGACGGCUUCUUCACAUGCCGCAACUGCUGCUCCACUCGCAACAUCUACGUCUACCGCAUCACCACUCAGGCCACCCCCAAGCUUGGCACCUGCACCCCCACAUCUUACCCAAGGACCCCUCAGGCAGCCGCUGCGUUCAACGACUUUGCGGAGCCGAGUGAGCCAAGGGACUUUGCGCCCAGUGGCAGCGUGUGUGUGGGACCCAAGGAUUUGGCGGAUGAGAAUCCAAAAGAUCAUGUAAAAUCCCAAUCUCAUUGUAUUGAAGAAAUAACAAUUACAAAUGGAGUGAAGAAGCGUUACCGAGAUGGAGCUUUUGUUGAAGCAAGUUGCUUUUCUGCAUCUUCAGGGCAUGAUGCAAUGCAAAUGCUUAAGUCAGAGAUGCAUGAUCAUGGAUUUCAUUAUAUGCCACCUAGGAAACCAAGGCAAUCAGAUGGUUAUCUUCGUUAUAGAAGGAGGCGGCUAAGUGGUUGCUUUGUUUAUGUUGCACAUGCUGAUUAUUUCAUGUUGCUACGUGCUUUUGCAAAGCUUGCAGAAGUUGAUGUUCAUAUCAUGCAUACCGGUGUGUUAAAACUUGAGAGGAGACUCGCAUGUACUGAGGAGCGAAUUGAAAGAAGCUUGAACACCUUGCAUAACCUCUCUACUGGAACAAAAGAUGAGCGAAGACCUGUAUCAUACUGA